GGUAAGCUAAUGCAUGAUAAUUGACACUACAAGGCUAUCCUAGGUCGCUACGGAAAUAAGUCUGUGUUGCUUACUUUCAGUCGGACGGACACCGACAAUGAUGGCUCACCUGAUGAGGCUCGUUUUCCUAGCAAGUGUUGCGUAUUUAACUUCGUCAACAACGGAUGAAGGACCGCUUAUCCACACCAAGCUGGGAGCCCUCAGAGGCGAGUACUUGCGAGUGAAGGGAAAGAUGACAGUGGUUCACUCCUACCUGGGCGUGCCCUUUGCUAAGCCACCUGUGGGACCCCUCAGGCUGGCCCCACCCCAACCUGUGCAGGGAUGGGAAGGAGUCAGGGAUGCCACCAAGCAACCGCUUAUGUGUAUGCAAGACCGCCAGAUGUCUGUAGUUAUGUCAGAAGCCACUGGCAUGAUUAUGGAGAUUCCUGAGGUGUCUGAGGACUGUCUCUAUCUCAAUGUUUACACUCCUGCCAAUCCUUCUGAAGAUGCCAAGUUACCAGUCAUGGUGUGGAUCCAUGGUGGAGGGUUGCACAUGGGCUCCGCCUCCGCUUAUGAUGGAUCUGUCCUGGCAGCCUAUCAGAAUGUGGUGGUGGUGGUGAUCCAGUACCGAUUAGGAAUGCUUGGCUUCUUCAGCACUGGGGAUGAUAACGCCCCAGGAAACAUGGGUCUCUUGGACCAGGUGGCUGCACUGCAGUGGGUCCAGGAGAACAUCCAGAGCUUUGGAGGGGACCCCUCGUCUGUCACCAUAUUUGGAGAGUCUGCCGGGGGGGCGAGCGUGUCACUGCAGAUUCUUUCACCCUUGAGCGCUGGUCUGUUUCAUCGAGGCAUUGCGGAAAGUGGCAGUGCAGCCAUGGAUGCCCUUGCCACCUCACAGCCUUUGGACAUGGCCAUGAUGGUGGCCGACGCAUCAAACUGUUCUAGCACCAAGCCACACGAGAUUGUGGACUGUGUCAUGCAGAUGUCAACUGAGGACAUUUUGAAGUUGGUUGGGAAUCAAGCAUUGAUGUUUUUGGUGACAGUUGAUGGACACUUUUUAACCAAACCUCUUGAGGACCUUUUCAAAUCUCACGAAUUCAGGAAAGUGCCAUUAAUUAAUGGCAUAAACAAUGAUGAAUGGGGAUGGUUAAUGCCCUCGUACAUGGCACCACCUGGCUGGAUAGAUGGGAUGGACGUAGAGACUGUCAAACAGAGCAUCAGCCCUUUUGUUCAUUAUCUAGACAGCGAGGUCAUUGACUUGAUGUUGGAAGUGUAUCUGGGGAAUGGAGAGGACAUGUUGAAAAACAGGGAUGCGUUUAAAGAACUCCCUGGGGAUUUAAUCUUGAAUAUUCCUGCCAUUAAGCUAUCAAAAGCUCACAGAGAUUCUGGUGCACCUGUUUACAUGUACGAGUUCCAGUAUCCUCCAAGCUUCCUCUCGAACAAGCGCCCAAGCUUUGUUAAAGUGGAUCAUGGAGACGAACUUGCCUUUGUCUUCGGAGGCUGCUUCAUGAAAGCCCAUAUCACGAUAAAUGGUUCGUUCACUGAGGAGGAAGACGAGCUUUGUAAGAGAGUGAUGUCAUACUGGGGCAACUUCGCUCGCACUGGGUCUCCCAAUGGUCCUGGGUUGACCCACUGGCCGAUGUACGGUGCUGGGGAAGAGUACUUGGGGAUCGGGCUGAAGCAGCAGGUGGGGCGUCACCUGAAGGCCGACCGCUUUACCUUCCAUACGGAGACCCUUCCUAACAUGAUCCAGGAGAUGCAACAGCAGAAGCAGCAGCAGCAGAAGCAGCAGCAGCAGCGCAGCGAUGAACUGUAGAGGGACACUGUGCACUGUGGUCUCAUACUGUACAUUACCAUUAUGUACUGGAGUAAAAGAAUGUAAUAUUGUCUAUUAAUUUGUAAAUUAUCAAGUGUGACAGUGUAUUAAUACAAAACUUGUUCAUAAUGUUAAGAGGAUAAAAAGUAACCUGUAAAUGUGACCAAAUCAAUUCCUCGAAUUACUACUUUGAAAACUUUAGAAAAUAUUAUUUAUCAUUGCACAUAAUGAAUUAUGUUCUCAGUUGUUGUUUUAAAAUGAAAUGAAAUUUAAUGGUGAUUAUUGCGGUAUUAAAAUAUUAAACACUGGUGGCAUUUGUUAAGGUGUUGCCUUUCAAGGCAAAUAAAAUGCUCUAUACUUUUAAUGAGGACGGUAAUUAAAUUAUUUGUAUUCAAUAAGAAUAGCUGCUUCUAACAGGUCGGUGGGAUAUCUCAUUUGAACCUAUUUUCAACGGGUAAAGGCUUCACUGGAAAUAAAGAAAUGAUUACAGUGACUGGACUCUGGUAGACUGUCCUCCUCUUUGUGUUUGUCCUGCGUGCCAGAUUAUUUCCCAGAUGUGUCUCAUGGCUCCUGCAAGUCAGUGCAGGCUCCUGUGAAGCACAUUUCAUUUCUAAACACCUGUUGUUAGAUUGUACGCAGAAAUAUUUUAACGAAACAAUUUCAUCCUAAUGCAGUUAAGAGACAAUAUAUUAUGUAAGAUUUAAAGGCUGAGGAGGCUAAGGUACUUAGAAAGCAUUUUAUAACAUUUCCUCUUCCUCCAAAAAUGCAUAAAGUGCACUUUAAAAUUACAAAAAUGUAGUGGAUGGGUGUGUGUUUUGUGGGGGGCAGGCUGAACGUUUUGAGCAUCUUUUUCCUGUGUGCAGUCGUGGAAGGAGCGGUGGUGCUGGAUCCAAUUAAAGGUUGAGAUCCCUCCACUGACUUGGAAGGUUAUCAGAUUUGGUCUGGGUGAUGAGCAGAACAUAGGCUAUAUAUCUUUUAUUUCGAAUGUUUUGAUUUUAGUUGGAAAGUUUUUUAUUUAUAAAUGUCGUUUCUUUAAAGAUUAUCCCUUGUUUAGCCCACUGGCAAGCAAAAUAUAACUCCUUGUUUAGAUCCUUAGUGUUUGUAAAGAAUGUGAAAGCCCUGCACCUUGUGUCUCUUGUAUCUGUCUUUGAUUUAGUUGUUAAUUGAGCCCCUGUCUUCACUUUUGUUUGUUUGUUUUGUUUUGUUGUUGACAUGUCAAGUGAGUCAGUGCCA